GCGGCCAGAGCGCUGAGGGCAGUAGGAGGCGGAGGAGCUACGCAGCGGCUCUGCGGCGGGCAGAAAGGGGUUAAACCUCCUUCUUUUUUUUUCUUUUUUGACUGAAACCAGCCUAUUUUUGGGGUGGUUUAUAGCCUUUUUUCCUCCUUGCGAGGGAGAAAAAGCUAUCUCUGCCCUGCGUUGCCGCUCGCUGCUUCCUCAGGAGAAUCCUCACGCACUCACCUCAGCCAUGGUGAUGUUCAAGAAAGUCAAGACCUUCCUCGUGGCCUUCAGCGAGCCCGAGAAGGUUUAUUGUAGUGGGGAGAAGGUGGCCGGCCGCGUGCUGGUGGAGGUGGCCGAGGUGACUCGCGUCAGCGCCGUCAAGGUGCUGGCCUGCGGGGUGGCCAAAGUCAACUGGGCCAAGGGCCCCCAGCAGUGCAAGCAGGAGAUGGAGUACCUGCGCUUCGAGGAUGUCCUGACCCUGGAGGAACAGCCCACAGAUGGGGAUGGUUCUGUAAUCCUGAGACCUGGGAACAAAUACGAGUACAAAUUCGGAUUCGAGCUUCCGCAGGGGCCUCUUGGUACAACCUUCAAGGGAAAGUAUGGCUGCGUGGAUUACUGGGUGAAGGCCUUCCUCGAGCGCCCGUCGUUUCCCACACAGGAGAUAAAGAAGCGCUUCGAGGUUAUGGACCCCGUUGAUGUGAACACUCCAGAGCUGCUGUCCCCAGUGGCUGCCAAGAAGGAGAAGAAGGUGUCCUGCAUGUUCAUUCCUGAUGGCCGUGUGUCGGUCAGCGCGCAGAUCGACAGGAAGGGCUUCUGUGAAGGUGACGAGAUCUGCAUCAACGCCGACUUCGAGAACACUUGCUCCCGCAUCGUGGUGCCCAAAGCAGCCAUCAUUGCCAAGCACACCUACCUGGCCAACGGGCAAACCAAGGUGUUCACUCAGAAACUCUCCUGCGUCCGGGGCAACCACAUCAUCUCGGGCAUGUCAGAGUCCUGGCGGGGCAAAACGAUCCGCGUCAAGAAGCUGAAGCCAUCCAUCCUGGGCUGCAACAUCCUGCGCGUGGAGUAUUUCCUGCAGAUCUACGUCAGUGUCCCGGGCUCCAAGAAGAUCAUUUUGGAGCUGCCCCUCGUCAUCGGCAGCCGGUCGGGCAUCGGGAGCCGCAGCUCCAGCAUGGCCAGCCAGACCAGCUCCGAAAUGAGCUGGGUGGACCUCAACCUGCCGGAUGCUCCAGAAGCACCCCCCUGCUACCUGGACAUUGUGCCUGAAGACCACCGCCUGGAGAGCCCGACCACCCCUCUCCUCGAUGAUCCCGACAGCUUCGACAGCCCCAUCUUCAUGUAUGCCCCCGAGUUCAAGUUCAUGCCGCCGCCCACUUACACCGAGGUGGAUCCCUGCAUCGCUAACAACAACGUGCAGUGAGUGCCGAGCGGAAGUCACUCUCCCAGUUUUUUUUUUUGGACUCUGAACCUGCCGUGGGACCUGGCAGCAGCCCAGACUGGCGUCUUCCUGGGAGCCCUGCUGCAGGAGUGGCCGCACGAAGGGCGCCCGUCACGACAGCUCCCAGGGAGGCUCUCGGGCGAGCGUGGAAGGGGUGAAGUGUCUGAGUCUGUGUGUUCCCUCGUGUGCUGGCUGCCUUGACGCGUACGAGAAACCCUCCUGUGGCUCAGGGGUUGUUUGGGACCUCGUUCACAGCCAAAGUCUUCCGAAAAACCAAAACCAAAUACCAAGGUGCUCACGUGGAAACGGGCAGAAGAUGGGUGUGUGGAGCACGGAAGGUGUAAGUGCCUCAGACACCUCGGUCCCAAACCCUUCGGGGAGGAGAGGCAGAUGCCAGCCCGAAAGGACUUGCAGCGACGUUGGUCUGUGGGGAAACCGCCAUCGCGACGCCUUGGACUCGGUGACGCCGUCCUGGGAUGGAUGCGACCCAUGCGACAGACGAUUGUAGCCAAACCCGGCCCUCUGCCCGGAGGGCUGUUGCUCUCGCUUAGGCUAAUUAAUUAACGCCUCUGAUGUCCGAGCUCCCUGCGCGGGACGGGGUGUGGGGCGAGGUGCAAGGCUGCAGAAAGCAACGACCCCGUUACUACGGGGAGCUAACGCAGUGUCCCGAGGGCUGCUCUGCAUGCUGGUCUGGUCUAGUUUGCUUUCUAGAAUCCGAUGGGGAAGCUCGGCCCCGCGACUGAGCCGGUUGGCGUUGAGCGGCGGUGCCCGUAGCGUUGAUCUCAGUGUCUCCUUUCUGAACUACUAACCCCGUGCAACCGACGCGGGGCGGGAGAAAUCACUAUGCUCUGUUCUACUCGCUUCACGCCCGCAACCGUCACGGCGGCGGCGGCCUCCCCCAGCACCGUCCCGGGCUGUCACCGCCCGAGUCCCUGACAUUUUGACCAAAACUUCAUCUCCUGGUGCCAAACUGCCCCCGACUCGGGUGAGGCUGGGCUGCUGCGCGGAAAAGGCGAAACCAAAUCUGGCCGGUGGAUUUCUUGCUGCCGCGUCGCCCCCGCUGUCCAGCUGUGGUGGGGAUGGCCCCAGUAGGGCCGAGCUCUUGAGGGCUGCUGGGGCGUGGAGCGGAUGACGACUCCUUUGUACAGUUGUUUUUGUAUUCGUUUUUUUUUUGGGGGGGAGGGGGAUAAGAGUUGAAGAAGUCUAUAUUUUGUACUGUUGAGGCUCUAUAAACCCCUGUGGGGCGAAGUUUUUAAUAAAGAUCUCUCAAAG